UGGAUCAUGCAUAUUUCCUAAUCAAUCCCACAAAAUUCUCUUCCAAAAAAAGGUGAAAAACAAAAUCUUCCAUUUUCAUUCCAAAUACUGAAACUUGGAAACCUUCAGAAGGACAAAGAAUAUAGUAUUGUGUGUGUGAUUAUUUUUGUGUUGAAAAAUGUCGUGGCAAACGUACGUAGAUGACCAUUUGAUGUGUGAAGUUGAAGGUGGUGGCCACCUUACUGCCGCCGCCAUCGUUGGCCACGAUGGCUCCGUUUGGGCACAAAGUGCCAAUUUCCCUAAGUUUAAAGCAGAGGAGAUGAAGGCUAUAUUGACUGAUUUUGAUCAGCCAGGCCAUCUAGCACCAACAGGAUUAUUUCUUGGAGGAACAAAAUACAUGGUGAUUCAAGGAGAGCCUGGUGCUGUCAUUCGUGGAAAAAAGGGUUCAGGAGGAAUAACUAUCAAGAAGACAAAUCAAGCUUUGUUAUUUGGUAUAUAUGAUGAGCCUGUUACUCCUGGACAAUGCAAUUUGAUUGUUGAGAGAUUGGGAGAUUAUCUCAUUGAUCAAGACCUCUAGGAUGCAAUUUGGACCUAUAAAAUGUUUAGGAGUUGGAAUUUGUUUUAAGAUUUUGAAGUUUUUUUGAUGGAUUUGUAUUGGUUGAGAACCUGGAAUUUGUUCUAAGAUUUGCAAUUUUUUACUUUAAUCUCUUUUUUCACUCUACUACAAUUUCUUAGCAAGAUAUUACAUGUCUGCGUUCGGAUAGAGGAGAAGGAUUGCUGUUAAUUAAUUUGUUUGGAUAUGUCCAACACGCAAAAAAAAAACCACAAGUUAUGAAAAUCAUCAAAACUUUUUCAAUUCUUAUACAAUCUUACCAAAUGAUCAAGU